AUGAUUAAAGUACCUUUUCUCUUGGAAAGGUUUAUGGCAUUUGGAUUAAUGGUAUGUUUUAAUUCCUUUCUAACCUUAUUCACUUUAGUACCGUUGAAAAUUACUGUCUUAUCUACGAAGGCAUUAAUCGCCUUUGUUAAUGAUCCAAAAGUAUCAGUUGUUAGAUACCAUUUGAAAUGGAUUAAAAAGGAUUUGAUUACAGUAACACUGAUUGGGUUAUCAUUAUUUAUAAUAUCUGGUCGUACGUUAGAUAUUUCCAAAAUGUACCAUGAUAUUAGAGGUCAGGCCCAUAUCAAGUUAUAUGUGACAUUUGGUAUGUUAGAUGUUGCAGAAAAGCUCUUUUCAGCCAUUGGUCAAGAUAUUCAAAAUGUGAUUUACUCUUUAUCUAUUCUGAAAUCAUUGGGGAGAUUCACCUUCUUUUUCAUUUUGGGUAUUGUGUAUUUCCUGCUUCAUGCUUAUAUCAUAAUUUAUCAAACAAUUGCAUUACAUGUUGCUGCCAAUUCUUAUUCCAAUGCAUUAUUAUCAUUACUUAUGUCCAAUCAGUUUGCAGAAUUGAAAUCUUCAGUGUUUAAAAGGUUUGAUCGAGAGGGCUUGUUUCAACUAACAUUGGCUGAUCUUUCAGAAAGAUUUCAAUUCACAUUAAUGCUUUCAGUCAUUACAUUAAGGAAUUUUCUUCAGUUAAUUGAUACUCAAAGUGGUUCACUCCCUAAUAGUUGGAAUGCUUUGAAUGAUUGGUUGGGUGCAGUGUUUGGACCAGCAAUAGUGGUUAUAGGAAGUGAAAUCAUUGUGGAUUGGUUGAAACAUUGUUAUAUCACCAAAUUCAAUAAGUUCAAACCGAGAAUUUAUACUAAUUUCCUUAAAGUGCUAUCUCUUGAUUAUCUACAAGUUUUCAAACCAAACCCUGAAGCAAACCAUGAUUCAAUUGAUUACAUAGUGUUAACUAAACGGAUUGGAUUACCUUUGAUUGCAACUGUUGUUAGUUUUCUUAAGAUGAUCUUACCUGAAAUUGUUAAUACUGAUUUUGGUAGUGAUGCUAAAGGGUCAUCUUUUAGUAACAUAGUUGUAUUUAAUUUAUUCUUGAUUGCAAUCUUUGCAGUAUUGAUGUUAAUUCGUUUGAUUCUUGCUUUGAUUAUCUUGAAAUCAGCUAAUAUCAAUAAGCAUCAACAAGAUAUUUUUAUUCAACAGCCAUAUACAACUGCAGAACACUUGAAAGAAUCAGUUCCUACACCUCGACAACCCAACAGUUCGCCAACACCUCAGUCUAAAGUGGUUGCACCUACACCACAGCAUCAAGCUUCAACUCCUCCGCCUCAUGAAGGAGUUCAACAACUGCCAUCUUCUAUCACACCUCCAACUAUUUUGAGUCCUCCAAUGUCUCCGGCGGAACUAUCAUUUAUACCUGGUGUGCCGAAUACAGAGUUAUCUUCCAUCAAUCCCCAGACCAGAACGUUUCUAUAUGAUCCUGGAGAGAUUGUACCGCCUACAAUGGAAGAGAAGAGGAACAAGUCUUUAAUAACUGUUAGUAAUGAUGAAACUGAAGGUUUAGGGAAUGUUACAAGAUAUGAAAUGAAGAGCAAAAGAAUAUGGUAA